ACCUUCAAAUUUUGACGUAUAGAAAAUAGGGAAGGUUGCAAUGGCGUUUAGUUCGUGAUAAGUGUAGAUCAAUAUUAUAUACUGAUUUUUAUUCGCAGUUUAUCCAGACAGUUUAUUUUUUCUGUUUUUCGUUAUACGAUGCUAUUAACCUGACGUUCAUCAACGUUGAAUACUGUAAUGGCUGGAACUAGAGCUGCGGAAGGUUCACAGUCAACCAUAAACCUUCUCGAUGAAAAUCUGUUUGAAUUGCGCUGUCUACUCAAAGCUGGUGAGAUUUGCCACAGUGCCCGGUCUGAGAUUGGCAGAAAGCAGCUUUUGGCAUUCACAACGGGGAAUGCUGACUUAGUACUUCAUUACCAACCAGAUGUUAACUGCCUACCAAUCGUCAAGAGAAUUCCGUGGUUUCAAGGAUCCUACAAACGAAUCUCGGCCCUCUGUUUCGAUCCUUCUGGAUCUUGGCUCCUUACCGCUAGUAUCGAUGGCUCUUUGUAUAUUGUACCUGCUUUAGCUUUGGUUGAUGAAAACGUGAGCCUAGAUCACAGAUGGGCCACAAACGAUAUUACAUCAUUCUCUUCACUAAAUACUCAGUCUUCAUAUUCCAGACCUAGUGCAUUGGUAUGGUGGCAAAGAGUUGUGGAUUGCAGCCAUGUUGGUAUUAUAGGAACAGAACAUGGUGAAAUUGUGCUCGUUAAUCUAGAGAGUGGUUGUCAAGUUGGAUUGACGAAUGUCAAAGGGAAUGUAACCAACCUUCACAUUUGUCAGGAUAGCAGUCUUGACGUAGUGUCACUUUUAGUAACAAGCCAAACACACCAACAGUGGAGAUUGAUUUUGGAACAGCGUGCAAAUGGUUACGUGUAUCCUAUGGAAACUGGCAGAUCCUUCCGCAGAUUCAAUCCUCUAUUACAUUCAAGUGGAGGCCUAAGUGACGAAGUGGAAACCUUGCCCACCACCAGAUCUCGACUUCAAGGACUCAAACAACUUUCUGUUGAGAAACUCGAUAUACUCAAACAAAAGUUGGCUGACACUAGAAGUCGUAGUUUAAUGGGGUCUUCGACUAGACGCGACAGCAGCAGUAGUAGCGGAACUGAUGAGACGAUUACGGUUGGCCUAAGUAGACAUUUUUCAGAGAGAAGAGAAGACUUGUUUAAUCCAGAAUUAGUACCUCUAGAUAUGAGUCUUACACCCCAGUACACUCGUCAGGGUCAGCAUAUGUACACCGGUUAUCAUCCACCAACUAACCUUCUGACUAUCCAUGAGACCGAAGCUUCUAUGGUGCCUCUACAUGUUCAUAAAAUGCCAUCGUUCUGCCACAGCAUAUUACUCACUCAGCAUCUAUUCUAUGUAACCGACGUCCAUCAAAAAUCACUGUCUAUUAUUUCGUGCCUUUUAUCUGAAACACGGAUCGGUAUUGAUACUGAGUUUAAUCCUGAGUCAGUGAUAGGACGAUUUUCUUUCGCAAGAAAUAAUGAAAUUAUAGACAAAGUGUACAGAGUAACCGAUUUUAAAGUUACAACAACGAAGGAUACUAGCGGGAAUAGUGAAAAUCAGUACGGGCUUCCCAAGAAGGUGGAGGACAUCAAAGCAGAUAUUCCCCUUGUCGAUACUUGUAUAAUUGUUACCAAUUUUGCUGUAUACAAAAUCGAAGUCAGGAGACCAUUGCUGUCAGUUUUUAUGGAUCUAGUUUUAAAACACAAGGAAUUAGAAAAAGCAGAAAGAUUGGCAGUAGUUUUUGGAAUGAAUCUACAACAUCUGUUGGAAAGUGCGGGAGAUAUACUUUUGUCCAAUAAAGAAUUUUCGAGGGCUAUUGUCUUGUAUAAAUUGUCAAGGUGUCGAUUGUUGAAAAGUGUCCUCAAAUUUGCAUCGGCUGGGCAUACAACAGAAUUACUCAGUUAUAUUACUGGCUGCUUAGUUCCACCAUCGGUCAUAGAGUUAUCAGUGGCAACCAGAACGCAUUUGUCUAAUUUGUGUGUCAUGGCAUUUACGGAAUUGACUUUACGAGCCUCUGCGCUACAAUCUAAUCAAAUUCACAAACAAUUUUCAAAUUUUUUAGCUUCAAAUACUUUUUAUGACGAAGGUCUAGCAGUGAAUGUCGCAGGACGAACUGGGCUGUGGGAGGUUUUACAGCAGUUAGCCACACAGAGGGGCCUUUAUUAUCAAGUUCUAGAACUUCUUAUGAAGGUUGUCCGUUCACUAAAUUUAAGUUCCUCUCAGCCUGCACAUCAUCAACUCGACUCUGGCUUAUUAAUGUGUCUAAGUGAAUCAGGAUUAAUUCAAGCAAUGCUGGUAUCUCCAAAUCUAGCCAAACAUCAUACAGCCUUCGUUCUUGCCAAUCUUGCCACAUUAGAAGUGUUCGCUCUUCAGAGGUUGACUGCGUUGUAUGAUCCAACUAGCCCAAUAUUACGGCCCUUGUUAAUCCGGUGCAGAGCUCGACAUCGAACUACAUCUCACAGCUCUCAAUCCAGUCAAUUUGAUUCUUUAGAUUUAACAGAAACUUUAGAUGAAGUUGGUGCGCCAGUAGAGGAAAUUGUUGAGACAUUUCUUCUCAUUCUCCUAACUCUCAUUCACAAAAAAUCUCCCGUGUUGAACUAUGAACCAAAACUCAUGUAUCGUAUACCAGUGCCUAACACAGAACGAGACAUCGAUGACGUAAACUCUAGUGCAGACUUCAAACGAAGAGCUUUGAGUGCUGGAUUCUCUCAUGUAGCCCUUAUUAGAAAUAACAAUGUUUAUACUUGGGGAAAUGCUGCGCAAAAAUGUUUAGGAACUGGUCCAACGAUGUCUAGAUAUGGAUCUCCUCAAGUGAUUCCCACUUUUCAAAGUAUGAAGGUAGAAGUACUGAGUGUAUCGUGCGGUCGUUGUCACUCUUUGGCUGUGACCAACAAUGGAGUAUAUGCUUGGGGCGCUAGUCAGUUUGGUCAACUUGGGCUUGAGAAAAAGCUUCAAUGUCCAAAUCCGGAAUUAAUUGUUACCCUAGCACACGAAAUUAUUGUCGAUGCAGUAGCUGGUCAGUAUCACUCAGUCGCAUUGACUAAAGACGGAAGAGUAUUCACCUGGGGCUGGGGCGUGCAUGGUCAAUUAGGUCAUGGAAAUACGAAUGAAAAAAAUAUUCCAACCUUGGUUACCUCGCUCCUUGGGACUAUUGUAAGGCAAAUAAGUGCUGGCCAUGCGCACACUACGGUACUUACAGCUGAUGGCGAUGUCUACACGUUUGGUAGCAACGUGUUUCGUCAGCUUGGGAAUGGAACUAAUAUUAAGUCUUCAAUUCCCGUAAAAGUUAUAUUGCCAGAGAAAACUUCGUUGAUCACAACUGGAUAUUUCCACAAUCUGGCUGUUACUACUACAAAUAAAUUGUAUACAUGGGGAGCUAGUCCCCAGGACAUGCGGUUGAAAGCACAGGCACAAAAGAAAACUAGAAUACAGGCUAGAAUACUUCAGCAACGAGUAGCUUCGGAUAAAGUAACUCAAUGUAUUGAAACUCUUGAUAAGUAUAACGAAAUUGCACAAGACGGUGACUCAAUUGCACAAUCUGAGCAAACCAAUGCACAAAUUAACGAAACAGAAAAUUCAAAUGAUGAUUCAAGUAAUACCACAGUGCAGUCAGAACAGACUGCCAGCAUUAAGUUGCCACCUAGUCCACAAUUGCAAGGCAUCAACGUCGAGGUCAUUGGAAAAGCACAAACUCAUUUGCAACCUUCGUUAGUUGAUACGAGUUCAGUUUGUGGGCAGAUAGUACAGAUAUCAACUGGAUGCCAUCAUUCUUGUCUCUUAACAAAGGACGGGUCAGUCUACGUAUGGGGACGUAAUUUGGAUGGACAGAUAGGCAAUGGUAGUCGCCGUGAAGUGACGAUUCCCGUGCCCCUCAGCUACGAUCCUCUUUCCUCCACACCUUCGGUUGCCAAAGGAGGUGAAGAUAAUCGAGCCAUGAAAGCAGUCAGCCUUUGUUGUGGUUGUGAUUAUACUGUCGCCAUGCAGCCAGGAGGGACUAUUCUGGCGUGGGGAAGUAAUAAUACUGCACAGUUGGGUCGUCCUCCAGUAGAAGAUUCGCGAGGUGUUGAGAGAAAACUGGUUUUGCACAAAUCUUUAAGACGUGUUGUUCGAUUACCACAUGGUGCUCAUUUCAGUCUUGAUACUGUUCCUCGUCAAGUUCCUAAUAUUCCUACUCCUGUUAUUUCUUAUCGAAGUUAUGACGUUACACCAUUGGCCGGGCUUGUGCAACCAUUGAGUGUUGUGGAAAAGUCGCUAGGAGAAACGACUUUACAUUAUGUACUGGAAAGGCUGAACGGAUUAUAUGAUAGUGCCAAAAUAAUGGAUAAGUGUAUUCAACUGGGAAAUUAUCAAGCGGCCUCAAAGAUUUCUCUACUGGAGCAUAAUUUUACGGAUGCUCUUUCAUAUCAAUUGAAAAUGUUGAACACGUCACAUCUUGAAAGGCACAAGUUUUCAUACGAGUGUGAUGGAAACCAAGUUGGAACUGAUCCUUCUGUUGACUUCAACAAUACGACGAAAAUAGUAGCAAAUUCUCAAACAUCCGAUGCGCAGAUUCAACAUAUUAAGGAAAAUACUGAACUGUUUGAUAAACACAUGGAGCAAAAUUUAGUCGAUACUUUAGAAAAAUCUGAAGAGAAAAAAAAGAUAAAAAUGUCUGCUAGCAGAUCUUUAGACAGUUUUCAGUCCCUGGAACAAGAGUUAUACACCUUUGAUUGUCAAGGAGGCUCAGAAGAACUGUGCGAAGAUUCUAAAAGCGAGGACAUUUCAUUAGACAUUACCGAAGAUGCUCUUGACAGUGUAUAUGAUGAGCAGAAAAAGAAUAGUUUUUCAGAAAAUGUUACGGUAUUUGGGAAGAACGCUGAACAGGCCAUAGAAAAAUCUGUACCAAAUGUGGCUGAUUUGACUUUGGCCCCAGGAAUAUCGGAAGAGCUUGAUUCUGUUGCAAGAAGUUUAAAUCAUCGGGAGAAUUCGACCUGUAUUACUGUUUCAGAAGUUGAACAAUUUUCAGCCCAGAAAAAGAUGAAUGUUAUUAAUAGAAAUAUUUUAGGGAAUGAGGCUAAGGGUAAUCAAGAAAACGCCGUAGUAUCUGAAGCUACAAGCAUUGUAGAGUUUUAUGUGAGUGAAAUUGAAGAUGAAUCUCAUGCUACAAUGCGAGAUGUUCUACAAAUAGCCAUCGAGUUUUGGAUCAAACAUAAUUUGCCGAUAGGAAAUUUGGAAAAUAUAUUACUACGGCAUAUGAGCAAGUUUUUUUACCCCCUCGGUCUAUUAUUGUUUUCUCAGAACAAUAUGGAUGAAGCUGGUGUUCAAAACCAAGGCGAUACAGAAGCGAAUAGUUUAGCCAUGAUGAACUCUUUGUCAACAAAAUUCUGUCUCCAGGUCUGUUCCACUCUACUGAGGCAUAUAGAUCAGGGCAAACCUACGCCAGAAUAUGUAGAAUUAUUGUCACAGCUUUCGGCUAAACAUUACGGUCCUCCCUUCACUGGAUAUCCAGGUUCAAAUGGUAACAAAACUUCAGAACAGAUGCUCGAUGGAGUCAUCAGCACAAUAUCUGCGGAAGAAUGUGAUUCUAGGCCGUUUAUACAGGUCAAGGCAUCAGACGAUGUUUCUAGUUUUCUUGAAACUGAUGAAGAUAUGAUGGUAUUCACUUGUGGUCAUCAUUUUCCUGUAUCUACGUAUCACUCAGAAAUUAUUCCAAGGAUGGAGGCAGAACUUUUGACGUCCGAAAUUUCGCCAUUGCCACACACUGUUCAAUUCUUGAGUGAUCUACUGCGACAGCCUGGCAGAGUGGAUACUAUCUGUCCAGUAUGUAUACCAUCUGCUCUUCAAAACGUAGUAAAAACUGUACCUAAAAAUUAAGUGAGCAGUUUAUUUAUAUGCUAUUC